UGGAAUAGACAUCCCGAUCAAAGAGCGAAGAAUUCAUUGGCAUAAAACUUGAAGAUCGGUCAAAAGUUGAGAGUCAAAAACAUGUCGCAACUUAUCACAAGAGAAGGCAAAAAAUCAGACUGUCCUUCCAUCUACAAAUUAGUGCAGGAGACAGCACAGUGCAAUAAAAUACCAGUUGACCCCAAUCUAACACCUGAAGGACUGGAAGAAAUUGGCUUUGGUCCUUCUCCUGGUUUUUAUUCCAUUGUUGCGGAGAGAGAUGACUCUUUGGUGGGAUACGCACUCUACUAUCACACUUACUCAACAUGGGAAGGACGCUCUGUGUGCAUGGAGGACUUGUUCGUCACUGGGACAGAAAAUUACAAUGAUGUUGCAACUGCCAUGUGGAAGAAAUUAGUGGAGGUUGCUCUUGUGGCAGGCUGUGGGAGGUGUAACAUAACAGCAUUGCAAGAUAAAAAAGAAAUGUUAAAUUUCUAUGAAUGUCAUAAAGCUAUAAACUUGACUAAGAGCGAAGCUUGGCACUUCUUUAGAAUGAACCAGGAUUCCAUGGCAAAUUUUGUCAAAGGAAGCAAAGUGCCAGAAGGAAUCACAAUAAGGGAAGCCACUUCAUCAGACUGCAUUGGUAUCAGGAAACAGAUCCAGGACUUGGCUGAUUAUGAAAAGAUGCCCGAAGGCCCACAGAUAGAUGCUGAAGUGCUGAAAAUUGAUGGAUUUGGAAAACAAGUGUUUUAUAAGGCCUGUGUAGCAGAGGAGCAAGGAGAGAUGGUAGGCUACACACUCUAUUUCUUCACCUUCAACUGGGAGGGACGAGGAGUCUACAUGGAGGAUCUGUAUGUGUCACCCUCACACCGAGGGAAAGGGAUUGGCAUGGCACUCUGGAGGAGAGUGAUCCAGGAUGGCAUGGCACUGCAAGGGAUCCGAUGUGACUUUGCCGUGCUCAAUUGGAAUCUUCCAAGCAUUGAGUUCUACAAAAGCAAAGGGGCAGCAGAUAUGACUGAGCAGAAAGGCUUCUUGUUUUAUAGGAUGAGAAAGGAAGAAAUGGAAGCGUUUGUCAAGAAAUGAUUUUUAUUCCUGCUUUUAGAUUGCUUUUUUCUAAUAAGGCAUAUACAUUUUUUGAUCUUGAGUGAGACUGUGGUAAUGAUUUUUUUUAUUAAAGGGAAUUUUUUUUACUAUUUUAUUAUUCAUUUGAUAUUGAUGGAUUUUUUUUUCUUCUCCAAAUUUUAUAUUCUUGCAUUACAGUAAUCUAAAAAUUAUAUGCCUAUAAACUGAUUAAAUAAUUAUUUUUGAUUUGAAAAUAGUAUUCAGAAAUUUACAUUAGUCUUUCAUAGAAAUGUAUUUUUUAUUUUAGUACAAAGUAAAGAAUAUUAAUUUUUUUUAAAAUAGUUAUCAUAUAUUUUGCUAGAUUAUUAGUGUUAUUGUUGUUGUUAUAUAUGUAUGUGCAUAUAGAUAGAAUUUUGUCUUAGGUUGAGACUAUGAGAAUGAUUUAUUUUGUUAAAGGAAAAUGUUUAGUUUAUUUUGAUGUUAAUGAAUUUUUUUCUUACCAAAUUUGAUGUUCCUUUAUUACAGUAAUCUAAAAUACCUCUAAACUGAUUGAAUGAUUAUUUUUUCACUUGAAAAUAGUAUUAUUAACAAGCACUCAGAAAUUUACAUUAGUCUUUUUUAUAAAUAUAUAUUUUUUAUUUUAGUACAAAGUAAAGCAUAUUAAAAUAUUUACAGUUUUUAUAGUUGUCAUAUUUGUUGUUAGGUUAUUAUUGUUAUUCCAAUGAUAACUGUUAUUAUUAUUAUCAUUGCUAUUAUUAUUAUUAAUAUUAUUAUUAUUAUUAUUAUUAUCACUACUACUACUACUCAAUAUAUUGUUAUUAUUAUUAUUAAUAAUUUUAAUCCACUAAUGCUGGGAUGGCAAAAAUACAUAACAUACCCCCUUUGUUAUUUUUGUAUUGACUUUCUUUACACAAAAUGCAGAAACUUAUCACCAAGGAGUGAAUUAAAAGUCACACCUAUCUGAACCAUUUAUCCUUUUUCAUUGAUUUUUGGAGAGAUUAUUUUAAGUUUAGGAAUGAUAUCCAUAACAUUAUGAUAACCACAAUAUCAAUAAUAGUAAUAACUUUGGUGUUUAAUGUCAUGUAAAAAAAUAUUAUUUUCUAAAAACUCAAGGAAAAGGAAAAUGUAGACAUACUAUGAUAGAAAAACCCACAAUACAUGAACUAGAUUUAUUGAAAAUGAGACAAAAGUUUUGAAAUCCAACUGGUUUUUACCUUCAGACCAUAGGAUCAACAUGGAAGAGUGUUUUACCAUGUAAGCAUACUAAUUGAUUCCUUUAGUGGAUGAGCACUCGUGGAGUCAUGUCUGUGCAAAAUUUACAAAAGAAAACUGUAGUCAGCAGUACCUAAACCUAACAGCAGUUGGUUAACGUUAUUAUUAUUACUUUUGUUAUUAAUAUAUAUUCUUAUAGUCAUCAUCAUUAUUAUAAUUUUAUUAUUAUUACUAUUAUUAUAAUUUUAUUAUUAUUAUUGUAAUUAUUGUUAUUGUUGCUGUAGUUAUAGAGUUAUUUAUCUUACUCAUAUUUAUAUUGACUUCUUCCUAUCUGUAUUCAAGUGUUUACAAGAAAGAGUUCAUAAUUUUUAUAAGAAAGGAAACUAAAUCAUUAUAAAUAAAGUAAUAUUGUAAAUAAUGAUACAGGAAAGAUAUCAAAAGAAAGUGGAGUUUUCAGUUUUAGUGUAGUCCUUUGUGGAAAGUGGUAAGGUAUGGUAGUCAAAUUCAGUGCCAAGAAGUUUUGCUUGGUUCAUUUAUUAAUUGUGACAAGAGUAUAAUGAAUGAUUUGGCUUGGGAUGCGCAAUAUUUAUUUGCUGGACCCGUGUUAGGUUCAGCCAAUCAGCAGCACUGCAGUGAGAGAGAACUUGAGGUGCGCACUCCAGUAAGGAAAGGGCUAUCAUGCAGAGAGCAGUAAUGCUGCCACCACAGCUUCAUCCACAGUCUGUUGAAAUGUAUGCUGUGUUUGAGACUUGUUUUAGUGAGAGAAUGUAAAGGCUGUGACAGAAGGAAAUUUCAGAAAGAAGAUUAAAUCAUAAUAAAACAAGUCUAUUUUG